AGCGUCGUCUGUCUCGACCAGGUUGAAGCCGUCUGACAGGUGAUUCACGGCUGCUCCUUCAGAAUAUAAACUAGCGUCUCAUUCUCACAAUAAAACAAUGACAUGUGAUUACUUUGGAAUUCUUUCCUUUGUUUGGAAUUCUGGUGACAGAGGAGAAACGAGUCUCGAGACAUCCUCUGGAUCAGUUCGUUUGAGAAAAAGGGGCUGCUGGGCAUCAAAUCACUAAAAGGCACUGAGUAUCUAAUGGCUCAGUAAAUGUUAUAACCUGUACGUGAAGCAUGUGACCAGGUCGCUUUAGGCCACCUUAGCUUAGUGCAGUUUAAUUCAGUGUAAACCAGAAUUCUUAUGAUCAUGGAGCCAGAUCCUUGGAAUAAAACACAGCAAACACCUGCCGUUCCUCUCUCUCACUGCGGCUUUCCAUUUAACGUAGUCUCAGUUUUCUGCCUUAAAGGCCGCAUGGUGCUGCUUUGUUGGUCACAAACGAAGCAGCAGUUCAGAUCGCAGCAGAGGCUUUAUUUCAUACAAGUCUCAUACUCCAGUAAAACACCCAGCCAUUGGGUGUCACUGACAUGUGACCUUACAGCGCAACAGACAUGCGUUGGUGCAUUAAAAUCUAACAGUGUCAUUAUUAUUAUUUUGCAACGGGCAUUUUGAUGCAUCCAAAGGAGCUGCUCUCGUAUUUAAAUUCAAAAACGUCCUUAAGCUUUGCACAAAUUAUUAGCAAAGACAAGUGGGGGAUCACUCCAUCCUCACACAUGCAGGUGCAGGGCACCUGAGCCUUCACCUUUAAAUAACUAUAAUGGUAACACGCCUUAAACUUAGUAAUAACAACAAUAGUGUUUCCUGCACAGCAACAAAAGGCCGUGAUUUUUUUUUUCUGUUAGAUUCCCGAUCAUUAAAGCGAUCUCCCUCCUCCCUCACGUGGUCGGUCUUUGACCCAUUAUUUGCAUACAGUUACUCUCUGUUCACACCUCCCACACACCUUGUAUGCACAGUUGCAGGUCUCGGUGCACCUGCUCCUCUCUCCUAUUCUCUCCUUCUCUCACACUUGAAGCGUCCUCCUCAAUCGCAGUUCAUCCCGAGCUUCGCUCUAUUCAAGGCCCGUGUCCGAGCAGACAUGCUCCGCGCUUUUGUCUUCUUUGCAUUGCACUCCUUGUCCGCGCUGGCCUCCUCAUCAGGUCAGCAGAGUUCGCCCUGGUUCAUCGGAUGCGUCGGCGCCAGCUCUUCCCUCGGAUUUCACGGACCCACGGGUGCCGGUGCCCGUGACCUUGACCCGGUAGCCUGCUCUGCACACUGCUUGGAUGAGGGGUAUGGGGUUGCUGCAUUGUCUUCACAGACCUGUUACUGUGGGAACCAGCUCAGUGGUUUGGUGUUUAUAGAGUGUUUCAAGACAUCUUCCAGUGAAGGGACAAAGGACGUGAAAGGAGGAAGUGAAAGACAAAGUGCCUUGAACUUACCUCUUGGAAAAGCACAAGAUGGAAGCAUGGCACUCUACAGAACUGAAGGGCCAUUUUUGCACAACAUUAGUGUAUUUACUUCUCCAGCGAGACUGGAGGCUGGGAAGACUUUUGUCAUUGAAGUGAAAGGAAACCUCGCUGGACGUCCCAAUCAGCCGUCAGGCAUUCUGGGUCUUAGCAGCCAGGCCCUGUUCUAUGUCACUGUGGAGUCUCUGGGGAUGACCCUAAAGGUCAACGUGACGGAUGAUGGCUCCUUUACUGUGUCAUCUGAUUGGAUUUUGAAUGUAGCAGGCAAAUACGAAAUAAACAUCACUGUUCCCAACCCUCUCUCCACACUCUCCUCCACCCUCUACUUGUACAUCUUGCCGCCCUCUCCAGGAAACCUAACGGUGUCUUUGCUCCACGGCUCUCUGGAUCUCCCCUCCUGCAUCCCCACGGUUCACUUGGACUCUGACGGUGUGACUGACGGUGUGGCUGCAUAUCGGGCCGAUCCCGUCUCUCUGCAGGCGUUUGUGAGUGACGGAUUAGCAGCUGAGUUCUGCUGGCGCUUUACUCACAGGGAAGAAGAAACGGCUUCCCUUUCACAGCCACCCUGUCUGAACAGCAUGAUGAAGUGGACCUUCGAAUCAGAGGGAGUUCACGCAGUGUCAGUGAAUGCAUCAUGCAUCCAUGGGUGGAAGCAGAAGACAAUACAUGUUGUGGUCUUAUCUCCCGGCUGCUCUCACCUUAAAGGGAUCUUGUGUGGGAAUCAUUUAACUACAGCUGUGAGGAUUUUUGCAGCAAGGCAAGCAUAUCCAACAAAUACAGAUAUAAUCUUCCAAGCUGUGACUGACGUACCAGAUCCAGUGGAGUUCGUCUGGCACUUUGGAGACUACACAUCAGCCACAACUACCUCUAGGACCAUCACUAGAAAAUACCUAAAGCCUGGCAGGUAUAAUGUGUCUGUAACCAUGUCACAUGGUAAGAUGGCCGUUACCUCCGACAUGUUCCCGGUGGUAGUCCAGAGAACAGUGAAGCUCAACAAGCUGGUCCACCGGGCCUCAGUUUUGCAGAAUCAUACAGUGGUGUUCAGUUGCCAGGUAAAUGUGGGGACUGACGUCAAUUUCCUGUGGAGCUUUGGGGAUGGAACAAGUCGGUCUGGACAGAGCACAGAACGGCACAUCUUCCACAGAAUGGGAGAGUUCAGAGUCGAAGUGACGGCAUCUAACCUGGUCAGCUCUGCUUCCCUGAGCAGCCACAUCUUUGUUGUGGACCAGCCUUGUCAGCCUCCACCUGUCAAAAACAUGGGGCCUCUUAAACUGCAGGUACAAAGAUAUGAGGUUGUCCAUCUGGGUGUGACGUACGAGACGGAAGUGGAUUGUGAUGUAUCAAGAGGCCUGCGCUACUCCUGGACUUUAUUUGACUCUGCAGGCCGGGCAGUGCCGCUGCGUCUCACAGACACACACAGGCAGACCCUCAUAGUGCAGAGCCAUCUCCUGCAGUACGACACUUAUACGGCUACAGCCAGGGUUCAGGUUGUCGGCAGUGUGGUGUACAGUAACUACAGCGUAAAGGUUCAGGUGAUGCCAAGCCCUCCUGUGGCUUUCAUCCAGGGUGGCACCAACAUCUUCCUUAACAACAGGAACACCAUAGUAACCCUGGAUGGACAGGCAUCUUACGACCCUGACUUCCCCACGAACCCACUCAGCUACAGUUGGGCAUGUAAACCAGUGAGCACCAUCACCAGCUCCUGCUUCAACCAGCACAUUCCCACUUCGUCACCGGUGCUCAAAUUUCCCGCCAGCUUCUUAAAAACCAACUUUGACCAGUUCCAGUUCACGCUCACUGUGCAAAGCAGAGAGAGUUCAGCUUCAUCAGAGACCUUCCUCACUGUAACAUCAAACCUCAUCGGGAAGCUGUCCAUUUACUGCCCUGAGUGUCGGGGAGACCGUGUGAACUGGGAUCAGUCUUUCUCUGUCAGUGCCGUGUGUGAAGACUGCCACAUUCCUGCACAGCACAUCCAGUACACCUGGAGUCUGUACCUGGUCAAUGCUUCAUCCAAGCCUUUCACAGAAGUCCCGUUUUGCUACACAGUAGAUCUCAGCACCAUGUCUGCCAUCAUGGAAAGUCCUGCCACCUCUACUCUACACCCUCCUGUUACAAAUGUGUCACAGAACACCCAUACGAACCCUUAUUUGUCUUCUUCACCCGUUACCGUGGCUACCUUUGAAACCAGAGAUGGUGAUGUGGACCUGGCUGAUAGUUUGUCAGAGUCUAGUCCACGUGUUCUCAACAACGAUGGUGUCCUAUAUUCCGACUACUUGAUCCAAGGGGACAGCAGUGAAAUCCCGGUGGAGCCUGACUCCUCUGCCGACUGGGACUUUUCUUUUCCUCUUCUGGAGAGUGGCAAUGCGGGUGGUCGACUAAAUCCAGAUUAUGGUGCUCCCUUUCCAAACGCAGAGGAAGGAGACCCAGGGAUGUCAGCAGGAAGACCCAGAGGUGAAGAUGGUGAGAGCCUCAGCGCAGGAGACGUCUCGAUGUUUGAUAUGGGAUUACACGAAGAUGAAGGGAGUAAUCUAGUGGAUUCUAAGCCUUUUGUGGCAAUUCAGGCACCGACUUUGCUCGACUUACCUCGAAACCCUCUGAACAGAGGCCUCUUUGAGUCCUUUACUUACACAGGAAUCUCCCGUUCUUUUCUCAAGAUCAAGCCCUUCAGUCUGAGGCCCGGGAGCAGAUACAUGUUGGAGGUCACUGCCAAAUCUCAGAGCAGGCGUCUGGGCCGGACUCAGCUGUUCUUAAAGACCAAUCCUGUUCCGGAGGGCUUGGCGUGCCAAGUGCAGCCUGUCAGAGGACUCGAGUUACACACACACUUCAGCAUCUUCUGCACCUCAGGGAGGGAGGACUUACUGUAUGAGUACAGCUUCAGUGUAGGAGACCGACUCCCCAGGACACUGUACCAGGGGAGAGACUUCCAAUACUACUUCAGCCUUCCUUCAGGUGACCCCAGGGAUGACUAUAAAGUAACUAUAUACACAGAAAUAAGAAGCAGCACGUAUGGGUCAGCCACCAAACCCUGUCCUGUCACAGUACAAGUCCAACCAAGCUUCCUCAGAGACACCUCAUCUUCCUCUUCCCAUCAUGAUCCUGAUCUUGAGCUGUCGGAGUCAGGUCUGAGGAACCUGUCGGCUGUGGUGCAGCUUGGGAACAGUGUGGAGAUUCGUAACUACAUCAGCCUCCUCACCAGCAUCCUGAACAGACUCAGCCUGGAAACGGAGGCCAACACACAUGCACAGAGGCACAUGCGCACUGUGCUCAUUCGCACCUUGUGUGAGCUUGAGAGCAGCGAUCAGGAAUCAAUGACAGACAAUAUUUGCAUUCUGAACGACCUGCUACGAGUUACAAGUCAGGUGACAGUAGCGAGCGCCAAACGAGUAACAGCUCACAUUCAGAUGAUCUCAGAGCAGUUUUCUACGUCUAGCGCUCCUCGUCGCUACCUUAUAAACCAGAAGGUGCUCAAUACAGCGCUCACCCUGCUUUCACACAGCCUUCGAGUGGUGACUACUUGCACCUUCACGCCUGACAUUACACAAGAAGACUCAACUGCUGAUGAAAACCUAAGAAAUGAUGAAAACACUCCAAACAGCACUGCAGUGAAUUCAUCCACCGGUGGCCACAUCAAACAAGGAAGUUCAACUCCAGCAAAGCAAGCGGUGACGCUCGUAGCUGAUAUUCUGCAGGCUGCACCAGAGCUCAUGCUGAAGUACAUUUUGUUUCAUGAGACCAAGGAGCACAGAGUCAGCAGCAGCCUCAUUAAUUUGUAUGCUGCAUCCCAAAACAACAAAUCCACAGUCAUAAACAGUGGCUCAGUCAGGGUCCACAUGCCUGCUUCUUUCAUCCAGAUUCUGUUUCUCCAGCAUGGACCGUGUGUCCUCACUGUGCUCACUGAGCUUGCUCACAGUCCUUAUACCUGGGCCAAUCCUACACAGUUAAGUGGACCAGUGGUUGACCUGAGUUUGUACAAGUGCAACACAAGGAGAAGGAUCCACAUUUCCUCUCUCAUUCAACCAAUCAACACCGAGCUUCGUCACACACAAAGAAACAAAAGCUCUUCAUGGGAGUUCACCCUCCUGCGCAGCCGGGUCAACUACCACAGCUUCAACAUUAACCAGGAACACUUGCUGCAGUCCAUCCAGCUCACUCUAGUCUUCAGGCCCACGACCAAAAAGGCGUUUCCCCUCAUGGUGCUCUUCAGGAUGUUUGAAAAGCCGACUCCUAGAAUGCACCAUCUGCACAAGAUUUACAGAUGGGAGAGCAACACCUCACGCAUCACUCUGCCCUCAUCCUACCUCAAUGCUGCAGGUGUUGGUCACUUGGCACUGCUUAAUGCUGAUUUUGGUAAAGCACCCAGAGCCAAUCACCUGACUGAAGAGAUAAGCUACAGUCUGACAGUGGACAGCAGUCUGUGUUUGUCCUGGGACGGCCAGCAGGGGGCCUGGACACAUCAGGGCUGCAGGACACAGCUAGCAGACACAGAUUCAACUGUCAGAUGCAGCUGCCAUCGGUUGAGACUGCUGACCGUGAAGCAGCAGCAGAUCCAGAGCAUCCACAGCACAGCAGAUGUGGACCUGUUCCUAAGCGCAUCCACUGAUCUGACAGUGCUGGGCAUGCUGUUGCUGUUCGUGUGCCUGUACGUCACGGGGUUGGUGGCGUGUAAAAGAGCUGAUGUUGUCGCCACGCAAAGUCAAAGGGUUCACUACCUGUCUGACAACUCUGCGUCCGAUCCGUAUCUCUACGCAGUUACAACCCACACGGGUCUCAGCUCUGCAGCCCGUAUGAGUGCAAAGGUGUACAUAUCACUGUAUGGUGAAGAUGGGUUCUCACAGACAAAAGAAUUACAAGUCCCAGGAUGCACUCUGUUCAGGAGAAACUCUAAAGACACCUUCAUACUUAGUGCAGCAGAAAGCCUGGGCCCAGUGUGGGCGGUUCAUAUCUGGCAUGACAACUCUGGACCUUCCCCUGAUUGGUACCUUACACAGGUGGAAGUAUCUGAGGUGCUCAGAGGGCACGUGGUGGGAUGCUCUUGGCUGUUUGCUGCCCAGUGCUGGCUGGCUGCGAGCAAAGGCGAUGGCCGAGUGGAGAGGAUGCUGCGUGUUUGCACUCAGGGGAUAAACUUUGCUCAGAUGCUGCGUCUCAAGCUUUAUGACUACUUGGCUGAUUUCCAUACGUGGGUAUCCGUGUACAGCUGCCCCUCUCCCAGCUCCUUCACACAUACUCAAAGACUAAGUGUGUGUCUGCUGCUGCUCUUGGGGUACGCAUGUGUUGGUGCAGUAAUCGCUGCACAAACGGAUGAUCAGCUGCUGUUUGUGUUGGGUUUUGUCGAUGUGUCCGCUGGUGCUGUAACAAAUGGGCUUGUAAGCGUGGUGGCUGUGCUGCCCGUAGCAACAGCGGUGUCUUUCCUGUUUCGACUGCGUGCGGUACAGCCGACGGGGUCACGAGUCCAACGUGCAAAAGGCAGAAAGACUGAAAAGGAAUAUUCUGAAGACGCCCUCUCACUAAGUGACAGCACGUUUGACCGCCGCCUCUCCUGGAGCGGCCUCCAGCAGUGGGAUGAAUCCUGGAUGCAGAAAUACCAGGACGCAGACCUGUCGGUUUCAUACAGUAAUGCUGAUGAAGCACCCCACAAAAAGCAGUCUGAAUUCCUUCCUGACAGCAGCACGUUUCAUGAAACCCAAAGAGCUUGUCUGUCCAGGGCAAAAGAUGAAGGUCAGAAAGAGAAAGAUCGCCAAGGACGAUGUUCACCAGACUCUUCCUCUGAGAGAAGAAGCUAUUAUGAUGACAUCGACAAACUGAGAGAAAGACCAACAUGUCAGUGGUGUGUCUAUUUGGCCUGGACUCUAUGUCUGCUGUUGUCCCUCUCCUGCCUGGUGCUCUCUGCACUGCUGGGAAUGAGAUUUAACAGUGGCAAGGUUCUGCUUUGGGUGCAUUCUCUUUUCAUCUCCCUGAUGUCUUGCAUCUUCAUCAUUCAGCCAGCUUUGAUACUUGCAGUGGCCAUGGCAGUCUCCUGUUGGCACAGAAAAACAUCAGAAUUUCAUACUUUUUUCAAAACGAGGGAAUUCAAUAUUGAGGCUUUGAAACUUUGGAGCCACAGAGGCAUUAAUGGAGCUGAAGAGCAGCUUACUGAGUCUGCUUUUCCCCACAAACGACGCUCACACCUUAAAAAGCUGCUGGGAGCUCGACGGCGAGCUCGGUACCUGGGUCUUGUACGGCCUCCGACUCUGGCAGAGCUGAGGAAAACUCAUAGGAGGAAAAGAAGAGAGGCUCUUAUUCAUAAAACCCUGAGGGAUUUGUCUCUCAGUGUCGCCAUGCUUUCCCUGAUGAUGUGUAUAACCUAUGACAGCUCAUUCAGGGACCAUUACCAGCUCAACAGAGCUGUCAGAAGACACUUUGUGAGGAACCAUGAUAAUUCAUUUAUGUCGAUACAAAAGCAUGUGGACUGGUGGAACUGGUCACAGACAGCUCUGAUAGAGUCACUGUAUGAGCACACAUCACCCAAAACAGAGCAGCCACAUAUUGUGAUUGGAGAGCCAAUCCUGCAGAAGAUUGAAAUAUCUGACACUUCUCCAGCUGAGGUACCCAUUAUGACUUCAACAACGCUAUGCGGUCGCCUUAGUUGUUACUCAGGACCAAGCGCUACAGUUGGCUUAGGCCACACAAAGUCUGAUUCUGCAUCAAAACUGAAGCUUCUGCGUUCAGCUGGCUGGUUGGACGGACGGACGGUGGGCCUGAAGGUUCAAUUCACCUUGUACAGCCCCGCACCGAACUUGUUCACCAGUAUGACGCUGCUCGCUGAGCAGAGCCCCACCGGUGUCCUGCUGCCCUCUGUGGAAGUCCAUUCAGUCAGAGUACAUCACACUCCUACUGCCUGGGACUAUGCUGUUAUAGUCUGCAAGCUUCUCUUCCUCUUCUUGUCUCUCAUACAAAUCUCAUGCCAAGUGUCCAGUAUGGGACAGCAAGGGCUGAUUGGAUACUGGACAACACCUUGCAGCUGGGUGGAAGUCGGUGUGCCCACAGCGGCACUUGUGCACUAUGUGUGUCACAUUUAUCACUCCACUGUUAUCAUGAGCGUUGCAGAGCUGCUGGAGAGAAACAACGAUGUUGACGUUCGCCUCCUGGCUUCCUGGGAACAAUUUCUUCGUACUCUGCGUGGCAUUAUGCUCUUCCUUCUCACCAUCAAGUGUGUGGCUGUGCUGAGGGUGAACAGGACCUUUGCCACCUCUGCUACACUCCUUGCCCGCUUACUCUCAAGUCUUUUAUGGCCAAUGAUUUCAGGUGUGAUCCUGCUGAUUGCAUCGUCCUGCUUGGGUCAUCUGCUGCACAUUCAAAGCUCCUGGGCAGUCAGCCCUUUUCACGUCCUCCUGAGGACUCUGCCCUGCAUCCUUUACCGGGGACUCGGAGCCACCAGCAAUAACAGAGGCCUCCUCCAGUCUGACUGCGAUGUAUUUACCUGUGGAUUUCUGUAUCUGUCUGCUGUGGUGUGGACAGCAGUGGUGAUUGGUGUGAUGUCCUCACUGGUUAGAAGUGCCAGAAGAUCUCACAGCAGGAGGAAUUUGAUCACCAUUGCAGAAUUGGCAAACUACAUCAGACUGAGCGUCUCGGAGCUGACUGCUGGGCAACAUGAAGAAGCACGAAAUGAUAACCAUACAGAGGGGAGGGCCUAUUAUCUCAAGGAAUGCGAAAGUUUAGUGGACGAAUUGUUGUUCAGACUCAACGCCCUCUCUGACAGCCUGCACCAUAAAGCCCAUCGUUACAGGGAGGACAGUCCUGUCAUCUCCCCCACACCAGAGCCCUCCAACAUGGACUCACAGGGCUCAGCAAGGUCACAGAUAAUUGUGAAUGGCACACAUUCAGAUGACCAAUGUUUGUUAAAUCUGGGAGGAACCCCAACUGUGUCUCAAAUGUUCAGGUCCCAGGCUAACAAGGACAUCCUGCAGCAGAGGGGUCAGACUGGAUGUAACCCCUCCUCCAACUUUGUUGUGGCAUCUGAUGAUGGUUUAAAGAGUAAAAACUGCCCAGAGUCAGCAGGCAAAAGUCAGAUCGCCUAUACAGGUUCACCACAAGAUGUUGUGGUGAAUGUUCUGGUCCAUGAAGAGCCUAGGAGAGCAGUCCCAGAUAAACACUAGAGUCCUCAUGGAGAUAGCAAAUCAUGAAUUCAUUGUUCACUCUUAUAUUUGUUCCAUUGUAAAGGCGUGUGGAAUAGUACAGCAUGAUAUAUGCACAGCAAACCUUCUACUUCUUUUCUUCUUGGUAUCGAGGUUGUGGGUAAAAGCCAUGAUUAAAAUGUUUGAAGCAACAAAUCUGCUUCAAGGUACAUUAACGUUAUUUUUACCCCAAAAUGUAGUAGCAUAACUUUUUUAAAACUUGUUAGCACAAAAGUUUGGAACCCAUCCAUCCAUCCAUCCAUCCAUCCAUCUAUUUGGAGACAGUGGCAGUGACAAAGCUUUUUACUACACAGACUCUGGAAGUUUUUCACUCUGAGCCUGAGAUCUGCGAACUCAGUGGUCUCUUUCUACAAACAGUUAAAAACUCAUCUUUUUAGACUUGUGUUUGGUUAACUUCUCUUUUUUCUCUUUUUUAUGUUUGUGAUGUCUUGAAAUGUGCUGUACGAAUAAAAGUUUUGCUUUCUUACAAAAAUACAGGAGGUUAAGCUGGAAGUGACAGAGCUUAACAUGGUCAGAUUUUCAUUGGGAAUGACCAGAAUAGACAUGACUAGAAAUGAGUGCAUCAGAGGGACAGAUCAGGUUGAGCAGUUUGGACAGCUUGGACAUGCGUGGAGGAGGAAUAGAGGACAAAGGAUUCUGAAGAUAGAGGUGACAGGCAGGAGGAAAGAGGAAGACCAAAGAGUAGUGCUGUUCAAUACUCCAGAUUUUGGUAUCGAUCAAUACCAAGUAAACACAGGGCCAGUACUGCCUAUGUCAAUACCAAUACUCUUAACAUAUAAAAGCAGUGUAUGCAGGAAAGAGCAGUGUGUCACAAUUUAUGUGAUAAAUGAAUAAGAAUUUGCAAAUUCUUAACAUAUUUUAACAGCAAAAUCCCAAACAACAAAACACACCUUUUAGCAUUUCAUGUAUUUUGAAACUGUGGUUUUUGGAGACCUGAAAUGGGUUGUUUAAAUUUGUGUACAGACUGAAUAAAAUAGACAAGACAAGCAACACAAAAAGGUUCGGACAUUUUUCAUAGUGCAUGUUUAAGGUAUACUUGUUCAUUUCAAAAAAAAAAAAAAA